UUUCAACAUCGCCAAGUCGACAAGUCUCACAGCCAAGAUGGCUUCUACCCGCAAUAACGCCUCCAUGUCAUCGUCGGAAAAGAAGCGCAUUAGAGACCGACGAGCGCAACACAAUAUGCGCCAGAAAAAGGAGAAAUUGAUCAAGUCUCUCGAGGAAAAAGUGAUGUUUUGCGAGCAAAAUCAUCCCCGUGAGUCAAUUGGUCCACUCAUGGAGACGAUCGAGAGCCUCCGCAGGGAAAAUGAGAGGCUUCGCGACCAUAUCAAAAUAUUGCGAGAAGACCCCAAUGCUGUAAUGGAUGUGUCCCAAUGUUCAACAUCAACGGCACCGGCUGAAUCCGUGCAACUACCCGAGGAUCAAGAUAAUCUGGCCAAGGAACUUCCUGCAGACGAAUGGUCGUCGUCAGAAGACUAUGGAGCGAGUCUAGAACUCAUUCAAACGGGUGGGGAAAACAAAUCCAGACUUUUAGGAGAUGUACUGAAUGAUCUCACCAAUUCCUUUUUCGCGGCGGAUUCGCCUUUUCCGUCUGCUUCGCCCAUUUCCGACAAUGCAUUGCAUUUCCCUACGAUUUCCCUUUUCAAUCCUUCUCAAACAAUCCCAUUUUCGGCUCCCACAUGGUGUCUGGUUCCAAUGGAUUGCUACGAUGAUAACGCAUUCCUUCUACCCGGGCAUUGCCCCUGGCUGUCAUAUCCAGAACUCAUUGCCGACUGCUCGCCACUACCCUCUCCGCUCGAUCUCCUCCACGGAACCAAACGCAACUUCCUAGCGGAUCAGAUCAAUCAACGUAUGAGGCUCCGCCGAGUUAGAGAUCCAGAGUGUCUAGGAUUUGGCUUCCUUUGUUAUUUGUUCAGUAAAUGGCGAGCCUCUCCGAACCCAACGACAUUCGCGCGCCUUCCGCCAUUCAUGCACCCGAUCGUGGCACAAUUCCAGCGGGGACACCCUAAUGCCCUGGACUUCCCCGUGUGGCCGCAACUGCGCAUGAACCUGAUCAAAAAAUGGCAUCUAUACGACUAUUUUGAGCUAGUCGGAUACUUGGCCUGUUGUGCCAGGGUAAGGUGGCCAUUUGGUGAACCAAUUCUUGAGCGCGACGCGAACGACAAUUUGCAAAUACGACAAAAGUUCUUGAACACCGUCACUCAAGAGAGUGGAUGGGGACUUACGUCCGAAUUCAUCGACAAAUACCCCGAGUUAUUGGAGGGAAUGGAUGUCGAAGCAGUCAGGUUCCGGGUCGACCUACCUUGAUAUCGCUAAACAGACUGAUCAUCCUGCUCGAUUGGAGACUUAUUAAGCCAGUUAACAUUUGGUAAAUUAUCUUUAUAAGGAGCCAGCCCCUGAUUACCUACGUUCUUUAAAAUCUGGCAAACGCUCCGAGGCGGAGAUUAUUACAGCAUCUCUAUCGCCCAAUACUGGAGUAGUGAGCAGAACUCCGAAUGUGAAUUGCCGACCAUCUUCCCGGCUUCAGUUAUGGCAUGCGACUUGAUAUUUCGCAAGAUGCAUCAACUAAGCGUCACGAUUUAGCCUCGCGACUCAUCAGCGCCCCCUCCGACUCCGGGCGCUUAGUCUCAACGAUUGCC